AUGCACCAGCCACUACAACCCCCAUCCUGCCCGUCCUGCCCCUCAUGCCCGUCCUGCCCCUCCUGCCCCCCUCCCAUGCACCCUCUGACCCCCCGGUGUGGCCUGUACCCCCCUGAACGACCCGGGACGCCUGAUGGAGUGGGCCCAUGGCCUGAGCCAGAUGCCCUCCCAGAGCUGUUCGUCCAUCAUCACCGAGGAGAGACCCAAGUGGACAGAAUAUUUCAGAAGCAUACUGCUCUAAACGUGGGCCCCAAUACCUGUGGAGAACCCCUUCUUCACAAAAACCUUUGUCCCAUCAGAAGACAACCCAGACCUGUCCCAGCUCCAGAACAAACCCUGUUAUGGGACAUCCCACAAGGACCACUGAAAUUACAGAUCCGAGUGAAUGGCCAGAGGGGUAGUUUGGGGAUUAGCAUUGCUGGUGGAAAAGGCUCUUUGCCCUACAAACAACAGGAUGAAGCCAUUUUUAUCUCCAGAGUGACAAAAGGAGGUGCCUCAGAAAAGGCAGGGGUCCAGGUUGGAGACCGACUCCUCGAGGUCAACGGACUCAGCAUGCACGAGGCCACCCACCAGCACGCGGUCAGCGCCCUGAGGAAUGCUGGGAGCUCCAUCCGGAUCAAGGUGCUCAGAGACCCGCUGACCCCCCGGGAAGAGGCUCUGGAUGUACAGGUCAACACGGGUAAACAGUUAAACCGCCAGGAAGCCCUGGGCAAAGGGGGUAAACCGCAUAAAGCGCACAGCGCGCGCAGUACGCACGGCACGCGCAGCUGUUUGUCCAACAAGAUCGAGGCUCUGGUCUGUAAUGGAAACGGAAUGGUUGAUUUGAAAAAAGACAUAAGUUUAUCUGAAAGAAAGAAAGAACCUCCAACUAAUGAAGAUUCACCCCUGGAGGACAAACACACGAUGCUCAUCCCGCGGAUCAUCCUCACUCAUCCCUCCACGUCAGAUGAAGAUGUAGAGCUGCUGACACGGAGCCCGGGCACAGAGCAGCCGUUUGCCUUUGACAUUUGUGACAGGGAGCGCGUCUCUGACUGUUUCGACAGCGCUUUUUACCCUCGUUGACCGCAGCCAGAGUCUCCUACAAGGACCACGAUCAAUGGCCCCUGUCACUGAUGUCAUAGUUAGAAAAAGAACAU